GUAGCUUGCGGCGGAGCGCGGCCCGUCCGGCCUCGGCUCCCCCGCCGCGCCCAGCGCUCCCUGCCGGCGGGGCCGACCCGGGCUCCGCCGCGUCCCCCCCUCCUUCCGUGGGGCCGGGGGACCGCGCCUGUCUUCUUCCCUUCUCGCCCUCCCUUCCCCGGGAACCGCCUGCCGGGCUGGGGGAAGGCAGCCGGGGCAGCCCGUCCCGGCCGAUGCCGGCUGUCCCCGCCGCGGCAGGCACCGCCCGGGCUCCGGCAGGCUGGUGGCGGCCAUCGGGACUCGGGGCGGGGGGCCCCCGGGCGCCCUUCUUCCCCUUCCCUCUCUCCCUCCCUGGGAGGCGCUGGAGGAUUUUCUCCCGCUGCGUCCCCCUCGCUGCCCCCCAGACAUGGUAGGUCACCUCCAGCUGCAAGGGAUGGACGAGAGCCUGAAGGAGAAGAGCCGGGAAGGCUUGCUGGACAGCCCGGACUCAGGGCUGCCCCCCAGCCCCAGCCCCCCUUUCUACUCCCUCUCGCCCGGCAGCGGCGAGGGCCGAGCCGGGGGGGGCAGCAGCGGCGCGGACCACCCGGCCCAGGGGCACCGGCGAGAGGCCAAGGACGGCAAAGUGAUGCCUUACCUGCUCCUGAACCCGACCACGCCGGAGAUGAGGCCUCGAAUGCACCCUGUGUUUUUCGGAGAAAGCAUUGAAGUCAGCCCUGAGCCCGUGCAGGAAAUUAGGUGCAAUUCUGAGGUGAAGUACGACUCUGAGAAGCAUUACCGGGAUGACAUCUUCUACGGCCCCAUCCCCACUGUCACCACCUACAGCGAGACGGUCAUCGCUGCACCCAACUGCACCUGGCGGAACUACAAGUCCCAGCUGAUCUUUGAGCCUCGCCAGAAGCCACUGAGGUUUCAGAGCACGACCAUCAUUUUUCCUAAGCGUGCCAAGAACAUUUACCGGACCACCCUCAACUACAGCCUGGGCUGUGCCAAGCGCUGGUUUUCUUCCAGCGUGCAGCUGGAACUUUGCGAGGAAACCAGCCCGUGUGUCAUCUACAGCGAGACCCUCUGAUCCACCCUGCCGCUGGCAACCUUGUGACCUCAAGGAGGCCGUGGCCUUUGCUGGGUCUCUGGUUGGGCCCUCAUCAAUGACGACUAAAUAUUAAUGGCUGGAGAAAACGUCAUCUUGGGUGAGGAUGAACUGGCUGGGAGGAGGCUUGCAGGGCAUGGGAUGGUUUUGAUCAGUGAAAGGCUGGCUUGCAUUUUGCGACGUUCCUGACAUUUGUGAUCUGGAUUUUAUUUUAUUUUUUCCAAGCAUAUCUAUUUUUGACUUGUGCUUAGAUGAAAUCAAGAUGACUAAGGACCCUGUUACCCGUAGCAGAGUGCUGCCUUGUGAGCUCUGUAGGUCUUGUCUAGCACAUGGGUGAGACUCACUUCAGAGCUAUUUUGGUCUUCUUCAGAGAAGACCAACUGCAGAGUCAGCAUCCGGCCUGCCCAGCACACACCAAGCCCGGUCUCUUGGAGUUUAAAUGCAGAGGAAGAUAUUUGUGUCAAUACUUCACAUCCUGCAUCCAACAGCUUACCUGGGAGAUAGCUGCAAUAUUACACCACUGCAAGAAUAUCAGGCCUAACUUGCUUGUGGGAGUGGGGACUGUCACCAAGAAAAAGAGGAGGAAAGCAGGUGCACAGUGCUUUUGCCAGCAGCUAGCUGUUUGCAUACUAUAACAAGGCAUGGCACAAGCAGGUGAUGGGAGGAAGGCCUACCCUGACCCACAGCCGCCUCUUCUGUAACCCCAGCCUAGCCACGAGGAUGCAGGGGAGACUAAGGAGACUGAAUAGCUAUGGGGCUGUUUUCUAAAAGUGUCCAAGGGGCUUAGGAGCCCUUUUUCAGAAGUACUGGCAGCCCAAAUGUUGCCAUGCUGUUUGUUGUACCUAACACCCAGUUUGCAGGGAUCUUUAUGCACUCACUUUUGAGGUUCAGGAUAUUACAGAGAGGAGCGUAGCACAGCAAAAUGUUAUCUAGCUUUAAAAAAGCUGGUGCAGGUUUAACUCGAGAGUAAGGUUGCUCACCUUCUCAGUAGUUUCCAUAACCGUGUCAUGGACAGCUUACCUGACUGUGGAGGAGCAUUGAGACUGUCUCUGUGUAGAGCCUGAAGUAUUGAAGAGCCAAAAUCUGUGCAGGAUUUUCUUAAUCAGCCAGGUUGUAGCAAUUAAACAGGUGUUACACAAACAGCUGAGCUGUCCCUGCAACAGUAUCAAGAAGCACAGAGAUAACAGGAGUCACUACAGCCAUCCUAAGGUAAACCAUUCCCACUCAUGAAUCACAUCUCCCAAUAUCUCUUCACUUUGUUAGCUUGCUGAAAAUCUGCAGGAGCCUGGAUUCCUACAGACAUAUAACCUUUGAAAAUGGUAUGGAAUUGUCUCCAAAAAUCAUACCAAGAAUUUUUGCAUGCUGCUCAGAAGAGUCCAGACUUAGAAAAUAACCACAUAGAUCUGGAAAUUAAUUUCCAGCUUUCAUUCUUCUAAACUUUCCAUUUUUUUUCUGACUUGCUGCAAGUCUGAUUGAGUUAUUUCAGAAUGCAGCUAAGAAGCCAAGUCAGAAAACCUAUUAACAGUGUCAACAAGACACAGCUGAUUGCCCAGAACAGUUGACGCACAAACCCACAGAGAUUUAAAAAGAAAUCCCACAAAAAAAAUACACAAAAAACAGUCUGACAAACUUUAAGAAAAAUAGUGACCUACAAAGAUACUUUUUUCCAUCAAUUUUAAAAGGCAAAUGGUAGGUGUGACCAGAACUGUGACCUUUAUGAAACAGAGUUCUCUUAUUUAAAAUGAAGCACUUUUUUUUUUUUUAACCUUAAAUCCUGACAAUUGAAGCAUCAAUAGUACUGAAAGUCAUAUUCUGUGGUAGUGGUGAGCUCUGCCUCUGUCUGGGAGUUAGAUCUGGGUAGGAAGAAAUGUCUCAUAGGAUUUCCAAGGCUUCCACCUACUGCAGAAUUAUUUUCAGCAACACAGAAAGGAGGGCUGUAUUUAUUACUGGUCAGAUUUUGCUGUCACUCACCAUCAGCAGCAAAGCCCAGAGAAGCAACAUCUGCCCCCAUGGGGAUCGAUUCCUGAAGCAACCCUUCUCCCCAGCACUCCACCAAAUGUGAGAGCUGCAGAGUUAGACAACAGUGCACCUGAAACUAGGGUGAACGUGGCCCUAGUGCAAUGCAGGCUGGUGAUACACUUACUUGCUAACCUGUCUUGAGGACUGUCCCGUAUCUCCUAGUGCUGUGGACGAGACGUAUCACGGAGUUGUUGGGCCAGUGGAAACACUUGUCUGCCUUCCUGGGCAUGCAGUGAAGGUCCGGGAGGGCUCUUUCCAUGCACCCUUGAGAGUCUGUGGCAGAGGGGAAGGUUUCCAAGCUGAGCGACAGUGUAAUCCAGGUUCAAAAGCAGCUCAGGGCCAGGCAGGACUGGCUUGGGUACAAAUAGGAAGUUCUGUCAGGCCAGUCCUUGCACCCAGGAAACCCUUUUGUGACGACAGAUCAGAUUGCAGGCACCUCCACUGAGCAAGUGUGGGGACAGGCUCGUUGUGGGCCUCUAAGCUGAAGGAUUGCCUGAGACUCCUUGUUCUGACCACCCAUCAGGCUUUUCUGCUGCUAACAGUUGAAUUACGCCCUUGCUACAAGCACAAAACUGCAGUUUCUGAUUGCUCUGGUCUUUGAGCAGGGCAGGUUUUCCCCCAGGGCCUGUCUCCUUGGGUCACAGUGAGAGGCCUGCCCAGCCAUGGGCCUUUCCAAGCAGACGAGACCCACACAGACAUCCCUGCACUUACAGGAAUUCUGCCAUGUAUUUAUUUUGCAUGACAGACCUGGCUUCAGCUUUUCUGCAAGUUCUUCCUGUCCUGUACUUGACAGAGCCAAUGUACCAGGUUAAUCUCAUGAUCAUUUUUAUCCUGGCCAACUGCAGUCUUCUACCUGCUUUGUCUGCUAUUAGUUCUGUUUCCUCAACAUUGGCUGCAGUGGAAAAAGAAAAUUCAAAAAGGUAGUGUUCAAAUAUAAGUCCAGUGGGUUUAUAUCCACCACAGCCUGGUCUUUGACCCCACAGGGAUAGGGGCUGCUAAGGCAACGUCUCACAGGUGGACGUGGCCCCCAGGAAGGUGCAGGGGAGGGCUGCAUCCUUGGCAGUGCAGGGCCUCCACCCUCCCAGGCUGCUUUGAAGCCUUACGCUUUGUUUUCUCUGCAAAUAGACUAGGAAUGACCUAACAAGCUCCCACUCCUUUGAGCUUAAGCAGGUUUUUUUGGUCUCGCCAUGUCAGGAAAAAAAAGCCGAGCUGCAUAGCCAGGGACAGGCUGUGGUAGGCUACUACCCUGGGCCACAUCCAAAACUGUGAUAUUGCCAAGUAAGUGCCUGUAGGAAUUUUUGAAAAAUACCGUCUUAGAUGGUGUCUCCCUCGGGCCCAUCACAAGCUGCUUUUCUUCUCCGUGAAAGCUGGCACUGGAAAGAGACUUUGUUCUGUGCAAAACCACAAUGGGCACAGAUCCCACCCUGCCUGCCCACCCUCUGUCCCUAUUGCUCCUAGCCCUGUGGCUGGGUGAGCAGUGGUAAGAGACAAAAGUCAUCUUGCUCUGAAUUUGUGAGUGCUGAUUAUUAUUAUUAUUAUUAUUAUUAUUAUUAUUAUUAUUAUUGGUUUUGCUCAAACACCAGAAAUUGAGUUUUGGGUGCAUGUUGCCAAUAAACCGCUCCCAGGCACCAAGUGCUUUACUUUAGUAUGUUUUGUGCACCUAGAAGAAACGAUUAGUUCCACUAGAGAGGUCUCUUUCUUUUAAAUGGAGCAUUAUUUAUCUCAACCAACAGAUCUUUGUUCAGGUGUAUUUUCUCAAAGAUACAAAUGAUAAAUCUAGCCCAUGGAAAAUGCUGCUCAGAAAGGUGAAUUUCCUUGAGCAGCUGGGACUGUGACAACAUGAUUUCUCCCCAAGAUCCUAACACGCCCGUUGCCCACAGCCCUGCAUGCCUGAUGGGUAAAUCACAUUCUGCCUUUAGAAAUUAUUUUCCACCAAUAGUUAUUUUGGGACCAGAAUCUUUCUCACAAGCCUCCUGGUUUUGGGUUUUCUUUUCUUUUUUCUUUUUUUAUUUUUUAUUUUUGAUUUUUUGUGCUUUUUUGGGAGGGAGGGAUGUCUAAUAUGCUCUGUUUUACAUCAGAAUAGAACAUUUCAGAAGGUCACUCUCUGAAAGGUGAGGGGUUUGCCCUUCAUCCUCUUCAUGCCUGUGAUCAUUUUACCCCUAAAUGCAACAGAGUAUGCUUGUGUCUGGUCUGCCUGCAUUGCUGUCAUUGCAUUUGGGGCCAAAAAGGGGAAACCUAGCUAAAUAUUGAACUUCUAAGAAUCUGCAUAAUACUUUGCACAAAUGCAGAGAACAACUUUGACCAAAACAGUUUACGGCUUCUUUCAUUUUUUUUCUCUUUCCAUUUUUUUUUUUCUUCCUAAGCCAGCUCUACUUUUCUCAAUGUGAAACAUAUUCGCACCCUAGGUGCAGACUUUCUGGGAAUGAUGAAAAUGAGGUUUGGGUGUUGAUAGCAGUGUUUGAGUGAACUGCUGGUCAGAGAAGUGAAUGCUAUUUACUAUUUAUGUUGAGUGAGUCUUACAAAAAAAAAAAAAAAGGAAGGGUCACUAGGAGGUAAAUGAACGAAAGACUUUGCAGAGCAAACUGAGGACUGAAGGCUGUGUGAAUCUGAGCUAGAUGUGAGUGGGUCUGUGUGUGAGCACUGUGAGCUAGGAUACUUAGCCACUGUAGUUUUAACCUGCUUUUUUUCCUUCCCUGCAGGGAAGGGCAUCCUUGCCUUCUUUAGAGCUGAAACACAGUCAGAUCCAUCCUCUGUCACAGUCACGCAGUCCCACUGAAGUCUGUGGAGCUCAGCGUUCCGCAGGCUUGCAGGGGACUCUGUGCAGAGCUGUGCCUGUGUGCAGAAAGGGGAACACGUUAUAAUGACGGAUCUGGGUGUGGGAUAUUCACAUUUCUACUGCCAGAUAAAGUCCGCUCCCUGAGGAUUACCCCAUCACUCACAAGUUGCUCAGUUCUGAGAAUAUCCCCUACAGCUCACCAAUAACCAUUGUAUUUGAUGACUUGGGAGGCACUCAUUCCUCUUCAGAUACUGUGAUGGCCAACAAAAUGAGCAAAGUAUCCUGCCAUGUGAAUCGUGACCUGAAGAUGGGGGUUGAAAGAUGUUUGAGGGUUAGAGAAGGGAGAACAUAUUACUGGUGGAAAUGCAGAAGGAUGUGUCAUAUUUUUAUUUUUGUAAGUCUGAUUCUCUAAGUGCUUGUAAAGUACUUGACUGUUGUAUAUGUGGUGAUGCAGUAGUUCUCAAUAUCCUUUUAUUUUUGUAUAUUCCCCAUCUCCACAAUAAUCCCUUCCUGUUCAACUCAUAGAGAGUAAUUUAAGAAGACAAAAUUUAUAUAUCAUAAUAAAACGUGCAAACUGUCGUGCUGAUGUAUGUGAGCUUCCUUCAUCUUUCUUACCCAUUUUCUUGGUGCCUAAUGCUCCUUUCCCAUCCAGAGGGAAUGUUUUUGGUGUCCUCCUCCUGCACCCAUGGGAUUUGGCCCAGCUGCCCCAGGUCAGGAGGCUGUUGACCCAUAUGGGCAGCACCACGACCUGACACCUGCUCUGUCCCAUACGUCCCGUGAAAGUUUAAGUGACUCAGGCAAAGGGCACGAAACUCACGCUUCCUGCAGAGGCCGUUUUGCUCGUCAAGAUUUCACUGGUCAGCAGUUUUACAAUUUCUUAUCUUAAAUUUCCCUCUUCCUGCUCAAUCUUUUUCUACCCAGCUAUGAAGCCCUGGUGCUCAGUCUGGUUAGUUCCUCUCCCAGCGUUUCCACGCCCUUCAAGGGCAGGCAGAACCAAUGUAAUGCUUCUUUCAUGGCCAGGUACCCACAUCCUCGUACACUACCAGGACCCCUGCUACUUCCUGGCUUUUCAAAUCACGAAGGCAGAUGGGUUUCAUCAGGGCUAAAACCCUGCCUAGCCAUGAAGUUUUAAACCCACUGCUAUAAAUGCCUCGGGCUCACCAGCCAGCUAUCAGUAGAGCUCUCAGCUGUCUUCCAAGACCUAAGAUGUCUGCAGGGAGAAUCUGACACUAAUCCUUAUGGAAAAAUCAUAUUGGAUUUAUAGGGAUGAAGUCAAUAGGCUUGGACGAAAACAGCUGUUAAAUGCUAAGGAAUGGAAAGAAGGAAAGCCACGUUACGCAAGAGGCUUGCUUCAGGUGCACGGGAAAUGCCCGUGUCCUCAUCCCAAGUUUUUUUGACACAAAUUAUGGUUGAACUGCUCCUAGGAUGAAGGAUGGGAGAUGCUCGUGCUCAAGCACCUGAGGAAUGGCAACAGCAUAACGAAGGCAGGGGCUGCACGGACUGAGCGAGUUUGAUGGUCGAAACCCAAAUGCCAGACGAAGAACACGUGCAUCCACUCCUGUUAUUUAAAUAAAACCGUAAGACAUGAAUGCCGUCCAAUGAAGAUUCCUGAGGUGGCAACUAAAUCCUCAGAAGCAAAAGCAGUAUUAGAUGCAGGAUAUGUGUUUUGGCAAGCGCACUCAGAUGAGCUAACUCCUAGUGGCUUUUACUGUGCCAUUUGGAUGUUGUAAAUUUAAGCAGAUGAUGCUUGGUAUUAGUUUUGCUCCUGGGAUAUUUCAGAGAGUAAUUGCACAUAUCUCUGAGGGAUUACAAGGUGCUGAAGUUAUAAUGGAUGGACUUUGAGUUUGGACGAGAUGCCUUUUUGAACAGAAGGAAAGGUUUAGGCUGGUUUUACAGACAGCACGAAUGCUGUGUGUAAAGUGCCAAAAGCCUCACCUAGAAAAGUUGCUGAUAAUGGGCAGAUACAAAUUAAUAAAAACCCACAUGCCGGGAUCCCAGUUCCACAGAUGCCUUUAUCAAUCUAACUCCACAGUUAGGUACAGCCAACAAACAGUGAAGGGAUUUGACAGAAAAAAAAAACCUUACCUGACACUGGAGUAGGAAAAGCCCCGCUGCCAAUCUGCCAGCUUGGAACUGCCACGUGCGAGGCCUUGGGCUCCAUCUCCGCUCCUGUGGCUCAGCAGAUGGCAAUGUCACAGCCUGGACCCACAGAAAUGUCUUCAUAAGAUCUAGGUGGUACCAAGCAUCAGGAAAGUCAUGUCACAGUCCUUAGAACAGUCACAGGCCUGUGCCCAUGCGGAGGAGCCACCAGCAGCACGCCUGGGCUGAGGCACGGACUGCCUCUGCUGUGGCACGGGACCCUGAACGGCCACUGAAGGCAGCUCCGUGGGGAGCAGAUGUGGGUGGGUGGCAGGCUGUCACUGCAGCAGCUCCCAGCCCCAGUGGCAGAUAAGUGCUGGCACCCGACUCCUGCCUGCUCUUGCCUCUCCCAGCUCAUUGCAGAGGAGAGGGCCAGGACCUGCCCGGCCCUGCACAGCUUCUGCUGAAGCACUGAGUCCCCUUACCCUGGCAAUGUGCUCAGCCAUGGGGGGCAAGUGAUGUAGGAAUAGUUUGUUCUCAAAUAGGAUAGAGGGUCCUGGAAUUGUUUUUUGAGGGGGCGUAAGGAUGGAGUUUUUAUGAGCUCCAUUUUCUGCUUCUAAUAAUGAUGCUGGAUCCAAACAGCUCCAUGCCUCAGAGUCCAAGGCAGACAGGGAGUUCACAUCUAUGAGGAUGAAAACGCUCGUCCUGCCAAGCCUUUGAUGGUCAUCGUAUCCUUCCUACCCUGCAAACAGGCGGACAGCACAUUUCUAGCAUAAAAAUAUCCUCCUCUGCAGUUAACCACCUCCAGAUUCCCUUCCUGAGCCCAUCCUCAGCCCGGUGAUUAGACAUUUCUGUACACAUAAACAUCCAAAUCAUCUCCCUGGGGCUCUUCCUCUCUCGCAAGCAGAUCCUGAGACCAGCGGCUAUUUGCAGCUCCUUGAAAUACAAAUGGGAUCAGGGCUUCUUCCAAGCUGACCGCUGCAGUCGGGGGCCCACUGCUCUGCACAGAGCACUGGGUUUGCUCCUCGGCCACGCAGCCUCCCAGCACGUUGCCCACCACUCUGGGGAUCAAGCUGCUCCAGAUGCCCUGCUCAUGGCUUUGGGAGGCAAUGCCGAGGGGGCCACAUGCCUUGGGAAACCUAUGGUGGCACCAGGACAUGCAGUAGGGGUGCACAGAGGAGGGACAGUGCAAAGCACCCCAAGUGCAACGCAGUGGAGGAACGGAAAACAUGCACGCACGCACACACAAAUGUGCACGCAGGCACACAUGAGUACUAACUUCUCUUUGAUGGGGGAUUGUCAAAACGUUACCCUCCCUUGGGGCUCUGCAGUGAAAUAAUCUGAUUAUUCAUAAACCAGCUAGAACCAUGAAUCCCUCAUUUAUCAUUUUAACAUAAAUAAUAAGGGCAAGAGGAACACGACAGCAAGAAACUAGCUAUAGAUGUAGUGUUGAAAUCUGCCCGUUUCUUUUAAGCAUGCCCCACUUACUGAUAAUAAGCAGUGAUCCAACCAAUUCCUCGUCUGAGUCCGCAAGCAUUGGAUUACAAAGGACACAAGCCAACACCCUGCUUUAUGCUAGUGGAAGUCCAUUUGGGUGGGAGGCCAGCUAAGAGAACGCAGCAAAUUUAAGAAAACACAUUUAUCUUACUGACAAAUGCUCAGGAAAUAAAAGCCUUCGUAUUCUUCUUUGACCUCUUCCACUCACAGAUGGGUUUUUGCUGUGCUUCUGACGGAGUUUGUUUAGCACCUGCCCCUCCAGGAUGUUCGCUGUAGGAUGGUUUAGGAAGGGGCUCCCCAGUGUCUGUAUGCUCGCAAGGUGCUGGUGCCCACUGCUGUGUUUCGGUCGGGUGCCAUGGAGCUGUCGGCCCUUUGUGGUGCAGAGCUGGCACAAGGUCGGGUUUUAGCUUUGGGUCCAGCUUCCAGCGGGGCUCUAUGGGAUGGCAGCAGCACAGGCCUCUUACAGCAUCCGCGGCUGGCGGCUCAUGGGCUUUACCCCGUAAUAUAGAUGGAACCAAGGGAUACAGCAUCCACAGCCACGCACUCCCUGUCAGCUGGGAGAGGAACUGAGCAUCUCCGCCCCCUACAGCUCCAACCUGAGCCCGCUGUCAAAGAGAACGCGGGGAGCAGCCGAGCAGCACCCCAGGCUCAGGGUCCUUUGCUAAGCAUGGCGCUGCUCAGCCUCCGGCUCUGCCCUUCGACUUUGCAGCCUGGGCUCUUUGCGAGUCCCCCAGCACUUGUAAACAUUUUGGCAGCGCCAGCCCUGUGUGCAAGCCCCAGCCGUAGCCAAACGCACUAUUAACGAGCCACGUGUUUCCACAGCCUCCAGGCUUGGCACCAGACCCCGGGGACCCGGCCGAGCCCGGCUCCAGCAGUGCCCGGCGCAGCUCUCGGCAAAGCUCCGCUGGCAGAGGGGCGAGCGCCUGGCUCGGGGAGAGCCCCGCUGCGUACCCCCGCCCAGCCCCUUCCCUGCCGCUCACCCCCUCCAAAGGUCUCUCCUCGAUGUGUGCUCAGAAAGAAAGAAAGAAAAAAAAUCUCCUAUAUUUUUAAACACUGCCUAAUGGUGAGGAGUAACAUCUGGAGCGCAGCCUUGCCCCUCACGCACAGUCCUCCCUCCGCAGCGAGCGGCUCGCCGCAUCACCCCACGAACCCGGCGGGACAUCACCCAGAGGGAAGCACGAGCUCCUCUGCGCUGGCCCUCCUGCACCUGCUGGUGGCCCAGGGACAGCGGCUACCAGAAAGCCCUGGGGAGGUGGGUGGCUGGUAAAAGCCUUGCUUGCAGCUGGGAGAUUCUUGGUCACCGAAGGGAACGGGGCUGCUCAGAUCGCCCCCAUCGCUUGUGCCUGUGCCUCCUGUGCCGGCCCCAGCUGGCCCAUCGCCCUGGUGCACCCAGAACAUGGGGUGCAGGAGAAACCCUGCUUCCUUCAAGCCUGUUUCCAGCGAGGCUCUUCCAGCCAACAUUAACACACGUUGCUUUACUUCCCAGCACGGCCCGGGGCAGAAAGGAACAUCUGGACCUAAUAAAAAGGUUGUUCCCCCUGCACAGAGACCCAGGAGCAACCUCUGCUGCGUGGUUCCAGCCUCCGCUGCUUGGUUUCUCCUUCUCCAGUGGAUGGAGGAGGCAGCUCUGCAGGACGCUCCGGCAGCCCAUGGGGACUGAACUUUUCCUGGUAGCUUAAAAGCGGGCCCAGCGCAGGGCAGUGAGAUGGGUUUCACGUCUCAGGAGCCAGCACCACGUGAAAUGGUUGUGACUUGUCAUCUGGGUCUGGAGAUGGGGCAUAAGGAUUUGUUGAACAGAACGGAGCUCUUUUUCUAUUCCAAAACCACAAAAGCUGGAGAUGGCUCUAACCCAAGGCCCAGGAUUAACAUCCCUGUGGGGAGGAGCUCUGAUUCGGUCCAACUGGAAUCCAGCUCCAGACCUGGCGCCCACCUCCAGGCACGCACCGGCCAGGCUCCUCGGGCCUGACCUCUGGCAGCCAUUUUGCUUUCUCUGCAGGGCUCAGGAUGAAGCAGCAGCAGAAAACAUUCCCUGCAUCUCAAGCAGAGCUAGACCAGGAUUGCCUGCCUGCUCUCCAACCUUCCACAAACAGAAGAGCCCACACUUCUUCAGCACCUGCCUCUCACCAGAGCUGAUUCGGGGCUGUUGCAGUGCGCACAGUGGAGCUGCUCUGAGCAGAGUUUGGGACCACGCUGAGCCGGCACGCAGCGUCCUUGGGAGCAGACGUUUGGAUGGGAGAGCGGCGGCGUUUCCUGCCCCUGCCAUCUCCUCAGCAGUACCACCACAGAGUUUCCUCCCAGCUGGCACAUAGCCAGCCAUCAAAGAGAUCGCGAGUGACUAAUAAGUAUGAAAAGAAGUUGGGUGAGGGCAGCAAAAAUGUCUGGCCAAAGAUCAAUCUUCACUGACAAUUGCUGCUUUUUCUACGUGGAAGUGCCCUGCUGAGCUGAAAGCAGCGUCUGCUUAAAGCAGAGCACCCUGUGAAGGAGCUCCCUGCACACCACACUUCACCAGGCUGGGGACGUUUGCACCAUUCACACCGUUCCUGGCAAAGGGAAGCACCCUGUGCUCUUCAAAAGUAUGCACCAGGAACAACGCAUGGCUGCUGCUCUGCUCUGUGCCACACAGGUGGUGGAAUCCAGCACCGGGCAGUGCCGUGGGCAGUAAUCCCUGCCUGCUCUCUGCUCACAGGGGCUGACAAGAGGAACUGAGAGCACUGCACUUGUACUGGUGGUGACACCGACCUCACUUCGGACACUGCUCAACCUCCAGUCGGUGGCAAGUGAUUUAUUGCCACUCCGCUGCCCAGAGCCCCGACAAAUACUCAGUUUGGUAAUUACAGGAGGCCAAAAAUGAGAGGAUGAACAAACCUGACGAUUAAUUCAACUGUUACAUGCACACAGUGACACCUUUCCCAAGUUUUAUGCGAGCCCAGCCCUUCCCUGGCCCGGCUCACAAACCAAAGAGCAUCAGCCAAAGCUCCCUGUGCCCUUGCCCAGCACCGAUAAGAGCCAGGCAUGCAUCAAAAGCCACUCUGGUUUCCUUCCAGGGCACUCACCAGCCUGCGACGUCUCAUCAACUGCCAAAAUCAUCUCUUCAGCCCCCCGUCCACAUUGUUAUCAGAGAGCAUACAUAAUUUCAUGGCAAAUCACAAGAACCGGUGAGUGGCUAUUUAGACUACCACUGCGGGAUGGUAGCAAACGCUUCCUGCUGCAGGGCUCCUAGGAGCCGUUACCAAUUUUUUGCUCUCUUGCAGAGCCCAUGCUCUGCUUGGGGCUGCUGGGUGCACACCACAACCUGCCUCCCGGGGAGGGCACAGGGAUGAGUGCUAACUCCACGUGUCCUUUGUAUUCUGGUGCGUUUUUACCUGUUUUUCUUACCGAGCCCAUCGCUGGGUGCCACAGCCACGUCUCUCCCUGCUACCAGCAGGGUGCACGGGUCGAUGGAGAAGCUGGAGCACAGAGAUGCAGGGAGGACGACCGCUGUCUCGCUCUGUUUCCUCAUGGAUCUUCUGACUCGUCCAGGCCUGGCUGAAAAAAAUAUCUUCCUCUUGCUUUAAUUCUUUCCAAAAGAAAAGAAAACAAAGGAAAACACCAGCCCCAUAAUAUUAACUGAACAUCAAUUCACCACCAGGAGAAGGUCACGGUGCUCCCGCACCUCCUUACAGCCUCUGUCGAGGGCAAAGCCUUCAGGGAACAUCUUUUAUGUUUCCCCUCCCCUCCAAAAAUUGCUGUUUGCCACCAAACCAAAACCCGAGUGAGUCUGGGUUUCUGACAUUUUUCUUUAUUGCUGGUUUUUGAAGCCAUCUGCUUUUGUCCCAUUUCAUUUUCAUCUCCUUAUGUAAGAGCUUUUCAAGUAGGCCUGAAGUUUUCCAUCAUUAAAUCAUAAGUGCUGGCCUUGAAUGUAGCGUUUUCCCACCUUCUGUUUCUUCAGCAUCAGUGUGAAUUAUUGACCAGGGCAACUGCUGUCAGCCCUCAUCACCACUGAAAUCCUGAGGCGGGAAGCUGAACAGCCUGGCUUCUGUUUGUGCUAUUUAUUAACUUCUAAUUGCCUUCUGAGCAGCAAGACUUUCCAAAAGAGGAACUUCAGCAGAAACCACUCUCAUUGGGCCUGGAGAUCUUCAGGCUUUAGGAGCCAGCACAUCUCUACCUCGUGCACGCGGCUGCAGGCUCGCUGCGCCUGGGUGCUGGCAGGGCUCUCAGGCUGGUGUGGAUCCUUCUCCAGCCCAGGGACAGGAGCCUUUCGGACACUGUGCACCCCUGGACAGACAAACGGGGUCACACAGGACCACAGACAGCCCAGGAGCAUCCCCUACGACUUGGGGCACCCUGAACGGACCUUUAGGGUUUAAGCACCUGAAAUGCUGUGCCUUAUGCCUGUAAGCAGAGAUGCCCAUUGCUCCUUUCAGGAGGAAAACGGUAUUAUUAUUAUUAUUAUUUUUUAAAACCCAUUUCUGAGCCCCAGAAGAGGCAGCUGAAGAUCAUCAGUGGAAAACCAAUAACAGCCCUCUAACGGGUUAAGUUCCAUAGAGUCACCCACAGCCAUACCCCUCAGCCCAGCACCGCAGGGGGAAGCCUGUUCCCCUUCACCACUUGCCCCGUGAAACAAAACCUCCUCCACAUUCCCCCUGCAGCACAGCCCCAGGCCCCUUCGCUCCUGUGGGCCACCUUCUGAGACAGCAACGCAAACCCUCGUGCUCCAAACAGCCCCCAGACACCCCACACCACAACCUCCCAUGCCAAAAAAUAAUCCUGUGGGUACAUGGGUACAGAUGUGGGAGGGGGACUGAUGGCUGGGGCCCCAGCCAAAGUCAACCAAAACCCACAGGACGGACAUCAGGGGUAAAGCAAUCCAGAGCAGCAAACAGCUACCAGCGCUCCUGUCCCAGCUGCUAAUUAGGUAGAGCUAAUUAGCUUCCCCAAUAAUUCCCUACAGGGCUUGGGAGGGUUUAUCCAUCACCAGAACUUUUUAUUUUUCCAACCACAGCUGAACACUGUUUUGCUUGGCUGCAAUUCACGGAGCAUUGAAGCCAAGGUCCAUUUGGUGGCAUUUGGUUAUGGGGUCCCAGAGCCAUCCUUGGGGCUCAGGGUCCCCCAGCCCCUGGGCCCACUCCCCACUCCCCAGACCCAAACAAAGCUCCAGGAGGCUGUUUUGUUUUGGGAGGGUUUUCUGUUUCCCCUGUGAAAAGCCAACAAAUAGUCUGGGGCACGCAGGGUCGGGGGAAGAAGCCUCGGUGGCCAAACACAUACUGCUGCCAGGAGAACCCAGGGGCUGUUUGAUGUCUGGGGAGCUGCACGCAGCAGCUCAGCAAAAUAAAAUGAAAAUAUAAAUAAGAAAAAUAAAAAUAGAGGAAGAGGAAAAAUCCCUCUUCUGAGGUGUUUCAGGCUGAUGGGAGACACAUUAAUGAUAGGGAAAGACAGGGAAACCGAGGCAAAGAGGGGGCUGUGACUUAGCCAGUGCACCCACCUGCAAGCCGUAGGAGAAGCGUGCGAGGCCCCUCGAGCUCCAGCCAGCAAGCUCCCCCCUCAGCCACCCGGGGCAGGGUCCUUCGGGCAGCCCCAGCCCCACCGCCAGGCCCCGGGGGGGGGCACGGUGCAAUGUGGGGCCAACGCUGUGUCAAUGCCAGGGCCAGCCUGGGGUGCACACCGCAGCUCCCACCUGCAGAGCCACCAGCAUCCCUUUUUCCCCCUCUCUCAGCCCAUUUUGCCAGGGGUGCUCCCAGCUGCACCCCGCCACCACGGGGUCCCCAACCCGUCCCACUCCCACCCAUGCUGUGGCAUCAACUCGCUCUUCCUGGGCUUACGCACGGAAAGAAGCAGGAGAGCAGGAGAGCUGUAUUUUGCUGGCAAAGAAGCUUUUUUUUUUUUUUUUUUUUUUUGGUUUGUUUGUUUGCCUUUUUAUUAUUUAAACAGUCAGGCAGUGUUCGGCCACUGCUGCCCACACCGCUUGCUGGUGGGCACGCUGAGCAAAAUAACAAGUGAACAAACCCUUCACCUUCAGUAGAAGAAAACCACCCCUUCAGAGCAAGCUGCGUAAAUAUUUACACCUCGUGGUUUCUAUGUACAGCCCCGUCUAUCAUACAACUCACUUCAAAACAGCUAUGCACAAUUUGCUUGUACAAAAGAUAGAUAUUUCCCCCCUCAGUACAGUUGAAACAAUAAAUUGCCCAAUAAUUUGCUUGCCAGUUUGUACAAACUACAAAGUUGGUUAACGUUACCUUUAAACUGGGGUUGUUUUGUUUCUCUAACAGCUUAACAUGCCUUUCUCCUCCUUGGCUGCAGGAUGGGGAUGCAUCACGGCCGGCAGCACGACGACUUGGGUGAUUUGGGGCAAAAGCGCGUGAAAACAGAGCUUUUGGCUGGCAGGAGGACGCGAGGGCAGGACAGGGGGGUGUUGCUUGCAGUGCUCGUGACCUAGAGGAGCAGCAGCUCCCCACUUCCAGGUUUCCCCAAGGGCAGGACCCCGCUGAAGCCAACCCCACACACGUAUCCCACACAGGCUGCCCCAGACAGGGCCAAACCUCCAGCAUGGAACCGGUGCCACCAAGGCCUUCCCAGCCCUGUGGCACCACCAACCCCUCCUCAAAACACCGCCCUGUGCAGGCCAUGCGCCCACCGAGCCAUCAGCCCCACGAUGACUAAAAAGUACCUCACAAACCUCUCACGCCUCUUGAAAACGCAGCGAGGCCCUGGGCCAGGCCUCGGCUUUGCUUCAGCGCUCCCAGGCCUCUGGGUGAGCCCACCAGCUCCAAGCCCCUCCUCCAGGCACACGAAGCCAUGGUGGAAAGGGCAAAGAAAACAGAAUUGGGCUGUGUAACCUCUUCCUGCUGCAUGGCAGCGGUGAGGUGGUGCCUCGGCAGCUCCUCGCUGCCCUUCCCCACCUCAUCCAGCAGGCCCUGAGCCCAGCCCAGCCCGUGGGGUCGCUUCUGGCUGGUGUGGGAUGUCCCAAGGGGCUGUGCCCUGGGGCAGAAAGGGACAGGACUGCCCUGGCUGGGUGGUGACAGGGCUUGUGAGGGCAACACCAAGGGGUGAGGAACCCAAACGCUGCCCGACGCCUCCCUUCGCGCACCGCAAGGUGAGGGAGCGCCGGCAGCCCCGCGCAUCGUCCCGCCGCCCGAGCUCAGCUCCGUCUCCACAGCCAGGGCCAGCGGGGCCGGGGCUGCCCCUUCAGCGGAGAAAACGAGCCCCAACCAUGGAGAAAGCGAGCCCCAGCCAUCCUCACGCCACCUCCACACCGCUGCUCCACGCUUCUGGGCACCGCGGCCCUGCCAAUCGCAUCCGCUCUUCAACAGCGACCUGCCCCUGGCUCGGCCUCUCCUCAAGACACCAAAGCAGCACACAGUAUUGCUACUGUGCCAAGUGGUAACUUUAUUCUUUGUUGUGUUUUUUUUUUUUUUUUCUCUGUCUGAAAAGGUUAAGGAGGCGGCUUUGAAGAUGGGUCGAAUUUGGAUUUUUCCCAGCAAAAUCUGCGACACUUUAAUAGCGUUAUGCCCAGACAUCAGCUCUGUUAGCUUUACAUCUCAGAGCCAUGAAGACACCAGCAGCAAUAACCUGGGAACUGAAAGACUUCCACAUCGCUUGUGCAUUGUCUCGUUUUUUUUUUUUUCUUAAAAAAAAAAAAAAAGCACAACAGAAAAGACACAAACAUUGAUGAACAUUAAAAACCUGUACAUUGUAAAAAACGAAAAACAAAACAAAACAAAACAAAAAAAAAAACAAGCCCCAAACAAACAACAAACACCAUCAUUCUCUUGCUUUGAAAUCAGAAUCACCCUGGGAACAUUGCAGGGGGAAAAGAAAUAACCAUCGAGAACGUGACAAGGCGAUCCUCGCUGUCUGACACGCGGCGGAUCAAAGAGCUGCUGGAAGGCGGCGCGGGCUGGCUCCCCCCGCAGCGGGAGAGGCAGAAAGUCUGUGCCGUGGUCUUGUUUCCUCUAGCGUAUAGAAUGCAAAGCAUUUAAUACAUUUUUUUGUGUUUUUUUUUUUUUUUUUGCCAUUUUUCUCCCCCAGAGCGAGAAAGCAGAAGUGAAUGAAAAAAAGUCUAAUAUUUUGUUCUUUAACCAUGUAACUGCAGAUAUGAUCCAACAUCAUGGAAUGAAAAAAAUAAUGUAAAGUAGAGCAUUCGUGUGUAUCACAAAAAUACAAUAAAAACUUUUUUUUUCUUUUUUUUUUAAAGUUUCCUGUGAACUCCCUGCCAUGCCGGCCUCCUGCCCGCGCUGCCCCUGCACCCGGCCAGCUCUGGAGGGCUCUGGAGAAUCAACGACUGCAACCAGCAAACGGAUUCUGCUGAAUUAGCAGAGGUGUGUGUAACGGGGGGCCCUGCAACCAUGGCAAGAUUUUCUUUUUUUAAUCUAAGUUCAUACAUUCUCCUGACUUACAGACGACUUUGAUGGAUCACUGUUACCUUCUUUUUUUUUUUUUUCUUUUUUAAACAUUUCCAUACAAUGGACAAACACAUCAAAGCCUGUGUGUAAGAACAGAACCUCUUUUACAGCAUGUAAUACUGUGUUUUGUUUAAGUCCUUCCUUGCGUAAAAUAUUGACAUAAUUCACUGAAGGUAUCAAAAAUAUACCCUGUAGACCAAUACAAUUUACAAUUGCCUUUUCUCACCAUUCAGAAAACAAUGCACUUAAAGCAACCGAGCCCGUCCCCAGGCGGUGCGCGAGCCCCCCCGGGGAAAUCUCUUCCCACUCCAAUUGCAGCCCGGGAUAUCCAUCACCGAAGGGACCAGCUUUUUUUUCAGAAACGGAUCUUCCCUCCCUCUCCUGCUCCUCCCAGCCGCGUUCAAAGCGCGUUGAGGCCAACGUGUCCCGCGCGGCCGGGACGAUGGGCUCCCCACCCUCAGAUCAGCCGGGGGAAACCAAGCUGGGUUCGAUCCUAUUCGACAUUUUUAAAUCUUUUUUUUUUUUUUUAAACCGUCUCAAGGUUUUGUGUUUCCGUGGCACAGCCCCACGGAGCCCCUCACUCGGCACCGUGGGAGCAGAGCGUCCGUGUGCGCGCGGCCCCAGGACUUGCACGGCCACUCGGUCCCUCUCUCGAGCGCGGGGUCACUGCUCAGCCAUGCUGGCAAGGACGAAUGUGGGAUCCUUGGGUUUUGUCUCGUUAAGGCUUUUUUUUUUUUUUCUUUUUUAGACUGAAGAGGAUGCAGAAAUUUCCAGAUGUUGAGAACAAAACAAAAAAAAAAAAGGAAAAAUAAACCAACAACAAAAAAAAACAUCCCCCCCCAAUUGGCUGGUUGGGAGGAGAAGGUUAAAAAAAAAAAAAAUUAAAA